AUGCCCAGCGCCACCGUCGACGGCAGCUACGGCAUCCCAGCCGUAGCCUCGUGCGCCACCUUCCUCAACGACGUCCUCGCCCGCGCCGACACGAUAAAGAACGAGCCGACUAUCGAGCCGCCCCUAACGAAAGCCGAGCUAGGCGACGUAUCGGCGCAGCUGACUGCACUGUUCGACGAGGCCCUGGGAUCUUCUGAGGAGGAUGCGACGGAGAGGCCAUUAAGACAGUUUGCCAUUUUCGAGACGGCAGCAAGAGAUCUUUUCAGCCGUUUAAUAGCCACAACCCCGAUCGAAUCCCCCGAAUUCGUCAAAGUAUGGAACUUCCUCGACCUCCUAGCCAUCCUCUCCGACGAAGAACGCUGCGAACCCGCCCUCCUCUUCUGGCUCGUCGAAGAGCUCCUCGACAGCCAAACCAUAUCGGGUUGCCGCAAGAUCUUCGACUUUCUCGAGUCCCGCCGCGAGCGCAUCACAGCCAAGCACUUUAAGCAGAAGCAGCUCGUGAUCCUCCGCAGCUGUAACGAGCUGCUGCGGAGGCUUUCGCGCGCCGAGGACACGGCUUUCUGCGGGCGUGUGUUCAUCUUCUUGUUCCAGAGUUUCCCACUGGGCGAUAAGAGCUCGGUGAACUUGAGGGGCGAGUACCACGUCGAGAAUGUCACGACGUAUGAUGCGACCACACCACCCACGGCCGAGCAGGACGAGGUGAUGGAGGUGGAUGAAGGCGGCCCCAAGGAAAAUGGCGAGCAGAAACAGUCACUAAAGGCGGUUACGUUCGACCCGAAGAAGACGCCUAGCGGGAAACCGCCGCUGAACACGGAUGUGUUUUAUCCCGUUUUUUGGUCCCUCCAGGAUAGCUUCAGCCAGCCCAAGAAGCUGUUUGAUCCGGCGUACUUUGCCCGCUUCCGCGGUGCUAUGGAGACAACCAUGACGGCGUUCCGGUCCAUACAGGUUGAGAAUGGAUCUAGGUCAUCUAAGACGACGACGCCUGCUGUGGACGAUGGGAAGAGGAGUCUUAAGAGGAAGAGGGAUGAUGGCGAGACGGAUUUGGCGAAUGCUUUUAACCCAAAGUAUCUUACUAGCAGGGAUCUCUUUGAGUUGGAGAUCAGCGAUCUUUCUUUCCGUCGACACGUCCUCGUCCAAGCCCUCAUCAUCAUGGACUUUUUACUAUCUCUAUCCGCCAAGGCAAAGGAGAAGUUGUCUACGGCGAGAGCUCACAAUAAAGCCGUUGAGUAUCUCGACCAAAAGCUCAGCGAUGACGAUACAAAAUGGGCAACGGACAUGAAGCGGUCCAUCGCAGACUACCUCCGACAGGGCUUCGAAGGCCCCUACUUCUUCCGCAUGGUCGAGACAGUCCUAUCUCGCGACAAGAACUGGGUACGAUGGAAAAUCGAAAACUGUCCACCCAUGGGCCUCCCGCCCGUCACGGCGGAGCUUUUCGCCGAGGCCAAGAAGACGGUGCAGCGCAACACGACCAACAAGCGUCUGCGUCCGACGCCCAUGGGAUCCCUCAACCUCGACUUCCUGAUGCGUAGCAAUGAAGGAGAAGGAGAGGAAGACGCAGGCCUGGAACGUCUCAAACAUAGAGACCGCUACGCCCUCCCCGAACUCGACUCGUUCAAACGCAAAAUUGCAGACGACGACUUCGAGAUCGAGAUGCCCACCAACGCCCAGACAAAAGCCGCCGCCGUCGAGGGCAAGGCGAGCAAGUCGUGGAGGGCUCUUCGGAUCGCGGGGCGCAUCAAGUUGGCGGCGUUUGAUCGCAUCGAUGACCCGGACAAGAUUGACGUCGUGUUCGAGGACGACGCGGCCCAGGGCGGUGGUGGCGAUGACGAUGACGAGGCUGAAGAGGAUGCAGCGCGGGUUAGUCCCGAGGAUAUGCCCGACGAUAAGACGCUCGUCGUCGUGGCCGGGUUGGCGGGCUCGGGCAAGUCGACCCUCGUCGAGGGGCUGUUGGCGAAGCGGCCCGGCGUGUUUAAGAGGGUUGUAAGGCACGCCGCUCGUGUGGCUGGGGAGGGCGAGGUUGAUGGGCGGGAGUACAAGUUUGUGUCGGCGGAGACUUUUAACGUCAUGCUUAACAAUGACCAAUUUAUCGAGUUUGGGCAGGAUGGGGAUGGUGUCGAGUAUGGGACGAGUCGGAGGAUUGUCGAGGGUAUCUUGGAGAAGGGCAGGGUUCCUAUUGUGGAGGUCCCUGUUGAUUCCGCAACCCAAAUCAAAGAAAACGCCUUCCCACACCGCUCUAUCCUCCUCUCCCCAGCGCCAGACUCCUUCGCCGAACGCCUCCGCGCCGCAGAUGAAGGCAAAACGUACCCCGAGGAGAAGAUCGCCGAGAUCCUGGAGAAAGCCAAGGCUUUUAGUCCUGAGCAGACGGAGGGUUUCGAUUUGGUGGUUGGUGAUGAGGAGGGGAAGGAUGGGGUGGUUGAGCGGGCUUGGGGGUUUGUGUAUGGCAAGAAGGAGUGA